GUACCCAAGCCGGAAGUACAACAUUUCAAUGUUAGUGCUUCUCUUGAUUCCAUGUUAAUACUCUUUGGCAACACGACCCUGGGCGUUCUACACACGCGGAAGGAGUGUAGGAAACAAUUACUAUUGUAGCGCUUUUAAUAUAAUUCGUGAGCCGACCCUGAUAUUCUGCACCGGGGUUCCCACUUUUGCGCUCAGGCCGUGGUUGGCUAUGGACGCCAUUGAAGCUGACGAUCCGGCGGCGAGCUCCGAGGACCCCGCGAGGAGGCGCCGGGUGCACGGCAUGUUGAAGCUCUAUUACGGGCUGAACGAAGAAGGAAAGGCCGGUGAGACGCCACAGUCCCUGGAUCCCUGUGACAUCAACGGGCCGCAUUUUGACCCCGAGCACUACCUAAACAAGCUUCGAAGAGAAUGCACUCUAUCGGAGCUGAUGGAUCAGGAGACCUGCAUGGUCAAGCAGAUCCGUUCUUUGGAUAGCGACAUGCAAACGCUGGUGUAUGAAAACUACAACAAGUUCAUAUCUGCUACAGACACCAUAAGAAAGAUGAAGAAUGAUUUCAAAAAGAUGGAAGAUGAAAUGGACUGUCUCUCUGCUAACAUGGCGGCCAUCACCGAUUUUAGCGCUUGCAUCAGUGGUACCCUUGAAGACCAGCAUGCUCAGAUUACAAAACUUUCUGGGGUGCAUACUUUGUUAAGGAAGUUGCAGUUCUUAUUUGAACUACCUGCCAGGUUAAACAAAUGUUUGGAGUUGCAGGCCUAUGCUCAGGCAGUGAGCUCUCACCGCCGUGCUCGCUGUGUGCUAAAGCAGUACAGCCACCUUCCCUCUUUCAAGGGCAUCCAGGAUGACUGCCUCGCGAUCAUGGAGAAACUGGCGCAGGAGCUGCGGCUUAAAUUCAGGGAUGGUGGCUCCAGUGCUAAAGAUUUAUCAGAAUGCGUGGAGCUGCUGUUGCAGUUGGAUGAGCCGGCAGAGGAGCUCUGUGAGAAGUAUCUUAACCAUGCCCGUUCUCGCCUCGAAGUGGACCUGCAAGGUCUGGAGGCUGAGAUAAGACCGAGCCCGAAUGUUUCAGUGGCGAAAGAUGCUGCUGUGCGCAAACCUUCCCCGAAUAGCGCUGCUUUGUCGCCUGCUGACACUGUCCCCAAAACCAGAUCCCUCCCCUCUCCUACCUUAAACACAGACAUCCUGGAGUUUAUCGACAGAGGCUGUAAUGAAUUUGUCAGCAGCCUAUGUUUAGUAAUUGCUUCUUAUCAACAACUUUUCAUCAAUCAUGCUCAGACCGGCGAGCUCGCAUCCAAAAAUAUUCAUCAGAUGGCAAACAGCAAGCUGCACACUUUUGUGGAUGACCUCGCCGUCCGAUAUUUCUCGCUUGUCGAGCGGAGGAUACAAGAGGAAAAGGGGGUCGCGGAUAACUCCCUCUUGGUCCGCGCCCUCGAUCGCUUCCACCGCAGACUCCAGGCCGUGGCCAAGCUCAUGCCAGGCUCCUCUGUGCCAAACCAAGGCACCCAGAUCGUGAUCCGCGCCGCAAACGAACGAGUCAAGCAGUACCUUGCUGCUCUUCAGAGUUUCUACAUGGAUAGCUUAACAGACGUGAGGCAGGCCCUUGCGACGCCUCGCCUAUCGAUGGCUGGUCAAGGGGGCGGGGGUCAUCUAGGUGGUCCAGCCUCCAGCAGAGAUGCUCCAAGCAGCCUCCCAGAGCUGCUCUCCUCCCUCUCAGCCUCGAUCCUAAACCAAAUAAAAUCAGUGUUGGCCUCGGUUCACCUCUUCACAGCCAAGGACAUCACUUUCUCCAACAAGCCAUACUUUAAGGGUGAAUUCUGUUGCCAGGGUGUUCGGGAAAGCCUGAUCGUGAGCUUUAUAAAGUUUGUGUGUCAGUCCGCUCGCCAGUUUUGUGAGAGUGCAGGAGACAAGGGAGGGUCUACUCCUCCGUCGCUCUUGUUGCUGCUCUCUCGGCUCUGCUUGGACUACGAAACCUCCACUAUCUCUUACAUACUCACUCUUACAGAUGAACAGUUCCUGGCACAGCACCACAGUCCAGUAACAGCCGUCACUGCUCUGUGUGCAGAAGCCAGGGAGGCAUCACAGAAGCUACUGAACCACUAUGUCAAGGUUCAGGGACUUAUUAUUUCCCAGAUGCUUCGAAAGAGUGUUGAAACACGAGACUGGGUCAACACCAUCGAGCCACGAAAUGUCCGCGCGGUGAUGAAGAGAGUGGUAGAAGACACCACCUCCAUUGAUGUGCAGGUUGGUCUUCUGUACGAGGAAGGUGUCAGGAAAGCACACAGCAGUGACUCCAGUAAAAGGACUUUCUCCGUCUACAGCAGCUCAAGGCAACAAGUCCGCUACGCUGCGAGCUACACACCAAGUGCUCCCAUGGACACCAACCUACUCAGCAACAUACACAAGCUGUUUUCUGAGAGGAUUGACAUCUUCAGCUCGGUGGAGUUCAACAAGGUGUCUGUGAUAACGGGAAUCAUCAAAAUCAGCUUAAAGACAUUCCUGGAGUGUGUUCGGCUGCGCACCUUUGGCCGCUACGGGUUGCAGCAAAUCCAAGUGGACUGCCACUACCUGCAGAUGUACUUGUGGCGCUUUGUGUCUGAUGAGAACCUCGUGCAUUUCCUGCUGGAUGAGAUAGUGGGGAGCUCCGCCCACCGCUGCCUCGAUCCGGCCCCGAUGGAGCAGAGCGUCAUCGAAGUCAUCUGCGAACGAGGUUAAAGCUCAAAGUUCAACACCAACUGGUCUCCCAGAACACACUACUGGAUAUUAGCAAAUACUGGAGUUGGAGAUGAUGUUUAUUUAUUACUGCUAAAUGUCCAUUUAAUCUGUUAUGGUGUCUAUACAAUACAACACCCUUAUUAGAUAAGUUUAACUUAUAAUUGCUUUGAAAUGUUUCAGACACUAAAAAAAAGUUAAGUGACCACUAUUAGUGAUUGGGGCCUAAAUGUCUGACUAAUUUAGGCAUUUAAAUGGCUUUUACACAAACUUAAUGUUAAUAUGAACAUAGUCCCAACAUUUGAUGUAAUAAAAGGUAGCCAAUGGUGGAAUUAUUUCUCUAAAUGUGAUAUAUUUACUAAUCAUACUUGGUGUACUGAAAAAUAACGAUGAAUAUCAAUCCCUAUAGAUCACAAUUUGGGAUUUGGGUCAAGUGUGGUAAUGAGUCAAAUGAUACUCUACUGAAUCGUUGAUGCAUUAUGAAACAGAGUGAUACUGUCUCUCUCGCACUCUCAUGUGCCAUUUACAUGUGAAGUUAUCAGGAAGCACUUUCAGCUCACAAGUUGCUAUUUGUAAUAAAAUAAGUCUUAAGAGUG